CAUUCUCCUGCAAAAUUAAAUCUAUAGUUCCCGACUUCCCGGAAAUAUAGUGGGGCCGUUUGGGUUAGCUUAAAAGAAGUAACUUCUUGCUUAUAUUAAAGAAGUGGAGAAGUGGGGUAGAAGUGAGAAGUAAAUAAGUUAAUAAAGUGUUUGGGAAAGAAGCAGAAGCUGUGAGAGAGAAGCUAGCAUUCUCAGCUUCUUAAAAGUGCUUCUACUUCUUUACACAAACGGGUCAAGAAAAGCAGAAGCCAGAAGCAGCUUCUGAUUCUUGUUCCCAAACAGGCCCGCUUAUGCAACUUAAAUUUUCCCGGGACAGAACCAAAUCGCAAAGUUCACAUUCUAUAGUUCCCGGAAAUAUACUUAUGCAACUUAAACACCUGGGAAAUGUUUAUUCCGAGGCAAAGUUUCAUGUACUGAGUAGACCAGAUCGAACUACCAUUAUAAUCCAAAAACAAUAAAUUAAAUGUAACAGUUGAAAUAAAAUGAAAGAAAGACAUUUGAAAAGACGGGAAUCUUUUAGUCUUUCUAUUCCUGGUAUACAUUCUGAUUACAUUUCUGCUGCACACCCUGUAAACAUGCCCUUUCAAACAGCAUGCAAAUGUAAUUAUAUUUCAGAGUAAUGGCUGUCACUUGUACUGUUUUAAAGCAGCUCUGAUCAGCAACUUCCCAUUUCAAAUUUAUCAAACCCCAAAAUAUAUAUAAUAUAUUACAAUUUUCUUGUAUUACAAUAUCUUUUUCAGGAAGAAAAAGAUGAGCUUGAGAAAAUGUGGAAUGCAGCAGAGUGUAGACACAUCAAAGCUAAGAAGAUCAACCAGGAUUCGCCAGAGUUCCGUUGCUUUCUCGCCGGAAAAGGAGGUCAAAGUGCAGGGAGAAAUGGGCAUUGCGAGAUGUGGGUAUAACAAGAGAAAGCAGAAAGCUUUAGCUGUUGAGGAGGAUCAACAUCAAACCCACCUAGCCCCUUCUGCUGGUCAGAAAAUGCAACCUGUAGAAACUAGGGAUGAAGUACCAGUAGUGGAGCUUCCUGCUUCUCCGAUUGAAGAGAAGCCAAAAGUUGACCUUCUUUUCCUGCUUGAACAUGCAAUGAAACCAAAUUCUCGAGAAGAGGUUUUACCUGAGGAUCGUAAACAUCUGGAGAAUGCAGCAUUUGUAUUGAAAUCUCAGUUGGUGGCCCGUCUCACAUGUUCUACUGAGAAAUUGAAGACAGAGGACAAGAUUGAUCUUGCUAAUAGGUGUUACAGGGCACUGAGAGAAUUAGGGGAUGAUUAUAGAACUUUCAACAUGGAAGUUUACAAAUUCAUUGCACAGCAGCAAGAGCUGGAAUUUGCUGCUAAAGACAAGGAAAAUUGGAAUGACGGGGACUUGAAGGCUCGUUAUAAUAAGCAACAGCAGGUUUUUUAUGAUGUGACCGGCAAGUUAUUCAGUGCUCAAGACAAACUGUCGAGAACUACGAGUCAUGUAGAUCUUCUAAAGUUUAAAAAAGCUGAGCUGACAUCUGUCUUACUUACGAUUACAAAGGAGUUGUUUGAGGAGGAAAAGAAACUUGAGGCUUUGAAAGCGGAGAGAGAUAAAUGCAAAGAGGUUCAUUUAAAAGCUGAAGCUGGAAUCCAAAAUUUGGACGCAGAGAAGAAUGAGGCUUCUAUGGCACUUGAGGCGAUCAAUGUUCAGUACGAUGCUGCCAAAGAAGAAUUUGAGAGGAUGAGUAAUCACUUGCUGCAGUUGGUGAGGAGGUCACCUUCAAAUCAGGCUGCUGCACCAUCAACUACUAGUUUCUCUACUGCUGGAUUGACUAAGGCACCUUCAACAGUGUCACCUCAACCUAUUGGAGUUUCUUCUGAAACUCAAGCUUGUGGACCUGCUAUUGGUGCUUCUCCUGGAAUGACCUCGCCGUCUGCAACACAACAAUCCUGGUGUUGUGACCCGUCUCUUGAUAUGUUCUUGUAGUAGAAGCACAUAAUCAAGCAGAUUAGGCAGAGGUGGUGGAAUGCUGAUCUAGGUGGCAUCACCGAGAAGUUUAUGAGUAAAUGUAUGUUUCAAAGACAGUUGUUAUCUGUAAUAGAUGUCAGUUUACCACUUUGAUAUAUAUGCCUUGUCUUGAUUUUUAGUGAUAUAUAUGUCGGUUAUCCUGUAAUGGAACUUUUUUAACAUUUUUAGUGCAAAUGUAAACCAUUAUCUUAUGCUAUUACAGUGUCUGGGUCAUUCACCCUGUCAAGUGACCUUAAGCUGUGACAAACUGUGUAAGGGAAUUUGUAGUUGGGGAAUAUGGUUCCAGUAUCUGGACAUUCCUUCUUCUCAACAGGGCUUUUAGCCAGGGGAAUCUAUUUGAACUAGUAGUUUCUAGCAGAGUAAACUUCGUCGUAAUUGCAGUCAGUCAUUUUGCUGCUACUUUAGACAAGGAUAUAAGAAUCAUGAAAUUUUGU